GGCAGGAGCAUUUUAAUUUUUUUCUGUCUUUUUCUUCCGCUGGCUUAUGUUCUGAAGAACCGAGUGCCGAAAAACUUUCCUCCCGGACCGUGGGCUCUCCCUUUUAUUGGUGAUCUUCAUCGCCUGCACCCUAACAGAUUCCAUCUGCAGUUCGAAGAGUUUUCAGAGAAAUAUGGAAACAUUUUCAGCCUUCAAUUCUUUGGUCAUAAAGUUGUGAUCAUUAAUGGCUACAAGUCUGUAAAGGAAGCCCUGGUCCAACGAGGAGAAGACUUUGCAGAUCGUCCCAUAAUUCCUCUGGUUGACGAUGUAUUUGGAAAUAAAGGUAUUGUAGCUUCCAGUGGUUAUCCAUGGAAGCAGCGGAGGAGGUUUUCUCUUCAGACACUCAGAAACUUUGGUCUGGGCAAGACGACGUUGGCAGAAUUCAUCCAGCAGGAGUGCCAGUAUCUCACAGAGGCUUUUGCAGACCAGCAAGGAAAGCCUUUUAAUGCGCAGCCAUUGCUAAACAAUGCCGUGUCAAACAUCAUCUGCUGUUUGGUGUUUUCAAAUCGAUUUGAGUACACUGAUGAGAAGCAUCAGUCUAUUCUUCAGGACUUCAAUGAGCUUUUGUACUUGGAGGUAACCAUGUGGGCACAGAUGUACAACGCAAUGCCCUGGCUGAUGAAGUGGGUGCCCGGACCUCAUCAGAAGACAUUUACUCUGGUCAAGAAUAUAAAUAAUUACAUAGGAAACAGGAUCAGUGAACACAAAGAAGACCUUGACCCAUCAUCUCCGAGAGACUACAUCGACUCCUUUCUCAUAGAAAUGGAAAAGAAUGAAGGCAAUGAUUCAAGUUUUGAUCUCAGUAGUUUGCAAGCUUGCACCCUGGACCUCUUUGGUGCUGGAACUGAAACUACUACCACUACUUUAUACUGGGGCCUUCUAUAUAUGAUCCACUAUCCUGUCAUACAAGAAAAAGUCCAGGCUGAGAUCGAUGCUGUGAUUGGUUCAUCCAGACAGCCCUCUAUGAGUGACAGAGAAAACAUGCCUUAUACCGAUGCGGUUAUCCAUGAGAUCCAGAGAAUGGGCAACAUCCUCCCACUGAGUUUGUCACACAUGACAAACAAGGAUACAAUAUUGGAUAAGUACACAAUCCCAAAGGGCACCUUGAUCCUGCCUUUAUUGCACUCUGUACUCAAUGAUGAGUCAAUGUGGGAAACUCCACAUUCCUUCAACCCUCAACACUUUUUGGACCAGGAUGGUAACUUUAGGAAGAGAGAAGCAUUUAUGCCUUUUUCUGCAGGCAAGCGUGUGUGUCUCGGGGAGGGGCUUGCCCGAAUGGAGUUAUUCCUGUUCUUUACCUCCCUCCUUCAGAGGUUUUCAUUCUCUGCACCUGCUGGAGAGCAGCCCAGUCUGGAGCACGCGUACGUGUCCUUGGGAGCAGCUUGCCCGAAUGGAAUUAUUCAACUCCCUCCUUCAGAGGUCUCUGCACCUGCUGGAGAGCAGCGCAGCCUGGAGUUCAGACUGGGAACCACUUGUUGUCCCAAACCUUACCUCCUCUAUGCCGUGGCACGUUAUAACCAUCAAAGUAAAGCUAUGGAGACACUAUACAGCGUGCUCGGCCUGGAGUGGAUUGACGGCAGGAGCAUUUUACUAUUUGUGUGUGUUUUCCUGCUUCUGACUGAUUUUUUGAAGAACAGAGUACCAAAAAACUUUCCUCCUGGACCGUGGGCUCUUGCUUUCAUUGGUGAUCUUUGGCGUAUCCAACCUGCCAGGCUUCACUUGCAGUUCGCAGAGUUUGCAGAGAAGUAUGGAAACGUUUUCAACCUGCGACUAUUUGGUGGAAGAAUUGUGGUCGUGAAUGGCUACAAGUAUGUGAAGGAGGCCUUGGUACAAAAAGGAGAAGACUUAAUUGAUCGUCCUGUCAUACCCAUAUUUGAACUAGUAGGAAACAGAGGUCUUGUGAUGUCAAAUGGUUAUCCAUGGAAGCAACAGAGGAGAUUUGCUCUUCACACUCUCAGAAACUUUGGUCUGGGCAAGAAGACCCUGGACUUAUCCAUCCAGCAGGAGUGCCAGUAUCUCACAGAGGCUUUUGCAGAUAAGCAAAGCACAAAAAAAUUAACUCACACUACCUCCAACUUUGAAGACACAAGCAUGCACCAACAGCUACAUACAUUGUUAUUUGAUGUUUUGUUUGUGAUGUUUUGGGCCCCAAUUUUCUUUAUUAUUAUGACAUGUUGCAAGGGUUCCUCAGUCUUUUUUCUGUAUUUUACAGGCAAGCCGUUUAAUACACAGUCACUGAUAAACAACGCUGUGUCCAACAUCAUCUGCUGUUUGGUGUUUGGGAAACAAUUCGACUACACUGACAAGGAGUUUCAGUUUAUUCUCCAGAAAUUCAACAAGAUUAUGCAUUUACAGGGAAGUUUGUCAGUACAGAUGUACAACACAUUGCCCUGGCUGAUGAAGUGGAUUCCUGGAUCUCACAAGGAAAUAUUAUUUCUGAUACAACAGUUAAUUGAGUUUGUAAAGGUGAAGAUCAAUGAACACAAAGAAAAUAUUGACCCUUCAUCACCAAGAGAUUACAUUGAUGCUUUUCUCAUAGAAAUGGGACAGAAGGAGAACAAAGAAUCUGGUUUUGAUUUACAAAAUCUGUGUUUUUGCACUCUGGAUCUUUUUGGUGCUGGAACUGAAACUCACAUUGUUUCCUGUUUUCACUGUGCAGAGAGAGUCCAGGCUGAGAUAGAUGCUGUGGUUGGUUCGUCCAGACAGCCCUCUAUGAGUGACAGAGAAAAAAUGCCCUAUACUGAUGCUGUCAUUCAUGAGAUUCAGAGAAUGGCCAACAUCAUCCCCCUCAAUUUUGCUCACAUGACAAGCAAAGACACCACACUGGAUAACUACGCAAUCCCAAAGGGUACCAUAAUCAUAACUUUACUGCACUCGGUCCUGUGUGAUGAAUCGAUGUGGGAAACUCCACACACCUUCAACCCUCAACAUUUUCUGGACCAGGAUGGUAAAUUCAGGAAGAGAGAAGCCUUUAUGCCUUUCGCUGCAGGUAAGCGCGUGUGUCUUGGGGAACAGCUAGCCAGGAUGGAGUUAUUCCUGUUCUUUACCUCCCUCCUCCAGAGAUUUUCAUUCACUGCACCUGCUGGAGAGCAGCCCAGUCUGGAGUUCAAGUUGGGAGUAGCUCGGGCCCCCAAACCUUAUCGCCUCUGUGCUGUACCACGUUAAAGCAAUAAAUGGCACAUAAAAUGCCAUGUUUCUUUGCAUGUAUCUUUAUCGAUCUCAAAUUUGAGGGUAUAGUUUUUUCAGGAAGGAGGGUUUUCUGCAAUCAAAAAUAUUCAAGUGUGCAAAAAUAAAUAAAACAAACUCCUUAAAAGAAA